GCGGCAUUGAAGUUUUUGAAUCCACAUUCCACUCCACCCCCACCCUAUUUUCCUAUUUUUAUUCGAAUUUCUCUCCAUGGAUGAAGCAGCACGCGCCGCUGCAAUCCGCCGAACAGCUCCGGCAUCCAAUCCUCCUUCACCGCCUUCCGACUAUUGUCUCAGCAAACGACAAAUCAUCGACUUGUUCCAGAACUGCAUUAAACUCGCCAGCGAAAAUAAAAUAAACCAUAAGAAUACGUGGGAGUCGAAGCUUAUUGAUCAGCUUAGUGAUAUCAUCAAAGUUGAUGCUGCAGAAGCUGAUUCACAGACUAAUUUCCAAAGGGCAAGUUGCACGCUGGAAGCCGGCGUCAAAAUUUACUCUGUCAGAGUGGAUGCUGUGCAUGCUGAGGCCUAUAAGGUCCUAAGUGGGAUCAAUCGAGUAGGGCAAGAAGAUGUACAUGAGAAUUGUUUCUAUACCUUGUAAAUUUUGGUAUAAUUUUCUUGUAGUGCUCUAUUGCACAUAGGGAUUUUUGCCUUUGCUCAGUUCCUAACAUAGUGGUUUGGUGACAGAGAUGCACUAAGAGGGUGGUAACUGUCACACCCCAAAACCCGAAUUCGAGGCGCGACAGACGCCGUGCAUUCGUGAGUGGAUCCCACAAAUGCACAAGGCUCGGAACUUAUUCAAAUCACAACCUCAUGCCACAAAAUCUCAAGAUAAAAUUUUACAAUCUUCUCUAACAUCAUAAAAUCUCCAAAUACACUCUAGCUUGCAAGAGCAUGAUUUAUUUCUAAAUCUAUACCAAUCUCGAAAUGGCUAGCCUUCUACCUCGUCACUCCCCUCGGUUUCCCCGUCCUCGGUUUCGCUUCCUGAAAUGGUGGAUAAGGAAAACUAUGAGAUAAACUCAGUAAGUAAAUAUGGAUAGCCCUUGGGUAAAACUUUUAAGCAUGCCAGAUAAACAGUUUAAUAACAAAAUGUUUCACGACAAACCGUCAAUGCAGAAGAAAACUCAGUUCAGUAGUCUCAUCUAUAAGUCAUGGCCAGCGUUUAUAAACCUCCCACUGGCGGGCACAGUAGUUGCCAAUGUUUAACCCCAUAGGCAAGGUUACAGAAGUGCCAGUGUUUAACAACUUCCAC